GCUGAGGGUGGGUGAUGGAAUACUCCGCUAUGGGGGAACAAGAACCCGCCCCCCACUACUUGGGGCCCUCCCACUUGCAAGCCAAUGAGGAUUCAGAGCUUUUCUUCAGCGGUUCAGAGGGCAUGGAUUCUGGGGCAGUGCCCACAUAUUUCUCUCGUAUGUCCGACUCCUACAGAACGUCUCCAGUGCGGCAAUUGUAUCCAAUCCUCAAUGGUUUGCAGUGGAUGGAUGGACACCCUUACAGCACAGCAGCCUGGGCCUCCAGCUCUUCUGGGAAACCUCCCGGUGGACUUCCAAUCUACACCUCUGCUUCUUUGUCUUACCAGCCUCUCCAAAGCCCUCCUUCACCCAAGGACCUGACCCCUGAAGACAAAGAGAGCCCCAGAUUCCUGGAGAUGCUGAAGACAGAGAGGAUGAGUCCCACCACCCAUACCGAACUGCAGCCAUUGGGGUCUUCAACAGAAGCAAUCCAUACCCCUUAUGCUAUGGGGCAGGAGUAUGGAUACUUCCAACCAGCCGGGAGCCCCCUGACAGCUGGAUACUCCCCCAAACUGCGGGGGGCAAUGCAGCUCUCCCCCAGUGAGGCACGUGAGUGUGUGAACUGUGGGGCCACAGCCACGCCACUGUGGCGAAGAGAUGGCACCGGUCACUAUCUCUGUAACGCUUGCGGACUCUAUCACAAGAUGAACGGGCAGAAUCGGCCUCUCAUCCGGCCUAAGAAGCGCCUGAUUGUCAGCAAGCGAGCGGGGACCCAGUGCAGUAACUGCCAAACAACGACCACCACCCUCUGGCGCCGCAACGUCAACGGGGAUCCCGUGUGCAAUGCCUGCGGCCUCUACUACAAGCUGCACAAUGUGAACCGUCCCCUGGCGAUGCGCAAGGACGGCAUCCAGACGCGGAACCGGAAGGUCUCCUCUGCUAAGUCCAAGAAGCGCAAGGGGAAUCUUGGGGACUCUGCAGCAGCCUUAACCCCCUCCUUAGAGCUGCUGCCGCCUCCCCUGGCGGGGGACGAAGCCACUGCCCUCUACACCUUCAACCCCAUGAUGUUCUCAGGACAUCUGCUGCCUUUCAGACCCAAUCCUCAUCUCCUAGGGUCUUCCCCUGGCUUCCCUCCCCAGUCCUCUCCUGCCCCGCACGGCUCCCCUGGGGUCAUCUCUGCACUGGUGUAAGGCCUCCUCGAAGCACAGACAUC